AAGAAGGUGAAGAGAGACGGGAGGGUCGUGUGUCGCAGGUCCGAGACUUUCAGGAGCACGCUGUUCUCGAGUCCGCACGAUGAGCAUUCGGCUCGUCAGUUGUGCGAGAGCGAGACGUCUUUCGGGCCGGACCCCGUGUCGGAGAAGGAGGGACUGUUCUGUGAUAUGGAUGAGAAGAAGCUUUGGCCAUUGUGUUCGGAGAAGGUCAAGGUGACUUGCUUUGAUACGGAUACUAAUUCUAUGCGAGGCGGGUCUGCGAAGAGAGAGCCUGUUCCGUUGAAGCAGUCCGGUACGGUCAAGAAGUGGGGCGCAGCUGGAAAUGCUUGAUGGCUGUCACAAAAACUCCUGUUCUGUCUCGAGACGGAUGGUAGCAGCUGGUAGUUUGGAAGAUCUCUGUACUUUACUCAUGUUAUUAUUCA